AUGGAAGACCAGGGCGCGGAAGAGGAACAAGCACGAGACAAAGCUGCAGAUGAGGUCAUUGUGGUCGAAGGGGAGUUCAGCUGGUUUGCAGCAUGGAUGAUGAUGUUUUGGCUUGUUGUGUGCAUAUGUUCUGUGACCAUGGGGGUGCUAACCUUCCAGGGCGACGGCAUUGAACGAAUCUCAGAGGAGAUUUCAUUUGUCCGGCAGCAAAAACCACCAUAUGGACCAGCAGAGCAGCCCCAGAUGGCCACUAUGCGAGAGAUAAAUGUGAGCUUCUUUGCGAACUCAAUGCUUCUGGAGACCCAGGGAAUCAUGCGCAACGUGGAGAUUAACACGCUGAUUAACGAGGGUGUGCAGAUCUAUAUGUCCAGAACGAUCCCUGUCAUUUUGCUGUUCCUCGUCUCAGCGGGUGGCUAUGUCUUUGUAACUGCUGGCUGGGGCACGCUGACAUGCUUCUGUGCGGGGGCGCUGCUCAACCUGCUCUCAGCCUGGGUCGGCGUCCGCACCACCGUGCAAGGGACCAGCAGACUGGCGACUCUGCUCGGCGAGAACUUGUCUCGCUCUGUUCAGCUGGGGAUGUGGACUGGAUCCAUCGGCGGGCUGCUUUCGACAUCCUUGGCUUUGGGUGGCAUGUCUGGGAUGUGGUUCUGGAUCUUGGACACCUCCCUGCUCUCGGGCUUUGGCUCGGGCGCUUGCCUCGUCUCCUUCUACUUGCGUGUUGGCGGAGGAAUAUUCUCGAAGGGUGCAGACCUAGGUGGUGACCUCGUUGGCGAAAUGAGUGAGACGAAGUUCGAUGAAGAGCGGCGCGUCUUCGAGCUGCAGCAGCGCAUGGAGAACAUUGCAAGAACGCGCAAGGAGCGUCUGCAGAAAGGCUUGGAGGAUGAUGAGGAAGAAGCCUUGGAUCAGCUGCGCUUGCUUGAGGAAGAGAUGCACGAUAUUUGCUCGGAUCUUCAUCCCAUUGACUUCUUGGACGAAAUUGGAGAGGUUAUCUGUGAUGUCACAGGGACUUGCGCGGAUUUAUUCGAGUCCAUGGUAUUGAUCCUCAGCACAUCUGCCAUCAUUGGAGCAAAGAUUUCCGCCGUGCCACAUUUCCUGACUGGACUUCCAUUCUGGAUCGUGGCUUCUGGCAAUAUAGGAUGUGCUUUGGCGACUUUCAAAGUGCAUUGCACUGAACGAUACAGUGCAAGGGCCAUACGAUGGUCAAUGCGCCUGAAUCUAUUGGCCGUGAUUGUCUUUGUCCAGUUCGUGCAGAUAGGGGUGAGCUAUCUGGAGUGGGUACAUGGCAGCAUCACUUUCCCCAUGUUUUGGCAUUUUGUUGUCAUUUCAAUGGUGGGACAGCUGCUGCCAGAGCUUUGUGUCAUGGCCGGUGAGUAUUUUACAUCUCCUGACUACUGGCCCAUACGAUCAUUGGCAGCCAAUUCCAAGAACGGCGUGGUUCAGGUUGUGCUGCAAGGUCUUGGGCAAGGCUUUCUUUCCACCUCUGCACCUGCUCUUCUGCUAGUGCUGGCGGUCAUGGUCACAUGGACGCUGGAGGGGCACUACGGCCUUGCCUUGCUUGCAUCCUCAUCCGUAAGCGGUACGGGCUUCCAAGGCAGUCUGGCCUCUUUUGGGGCAAUUUUCACCAACGCGCAUAAGCAGGUCCAUUUGACCACCCACGACUCUUUGAGUCGAAACCGUGCAAAUGUUUGCGCAACGGUGGGUGAUACCGCCAUGCAAGCUGGAAAUACGAUCUCAGCCAUCAAUGCAUUCAGCGCAGUCUUCAAUGUUGCCUUGACCCUCCUGGCAGAAAGCUACACAUCUCGCAGUAUGGACUAUCAGGCUGUUUCAGGAUCGCCGCUCUCGGAAUGGAGCCAAGCUGGGCUGGUGCUGGGUGUGAUUAUGCCGUUCCUCUUCACUGGCAAUUGCACGGUCAGCUGCCUGGAGACGUCCAAGUCCUUUAUGCGGUUCUGCAAGGAGUCCACUGCUGUAUCAAAGCGGGAUGAUCUACCUUUCCCACAGUCGCACAUCAAAGGAAUUCAAAUCUUGUGUUCCUUUGGGACCAUCACUUCCAUGCGCUUGGUUUUCAGCCCCAUCAUCCACUCGAUGAUUUGCCCCUUGCUUGGCGGGUUCUUUUUGGGCAUGCGGGGCCUCAUUUGGCUUCUAUCCGGCAUGAAUGUCCUGGGAGUGUGCCUGAGCCUCUUCCUCAUCAACUCUGGCCAGUCCUGGGUCUCAGCGAAGAAGUACGUCCUGUUUGGUCAUCUGAAGGCGGCUGAUGGCAAAGCUAUUGGACCCGAUUCCGUUCAAUACGGCUACUUGGGCGUAGGUGAGAUGAUUGGAGGCCCUCUGGAAGACACCAGCGGCCCCGCUCUCAACAACUUCGUGAAGUUGGUGGCGGUGUUUGCCUUCAUCACUGGCGGUCUUUAUGAAAAUGAGCCCCAGCAGACUUGGCACUACGGUUUUUUGUGCCUAUUCGCCUCCUUCAUUCUCUUGGCCCUUGCAAGGUGCAUCCUGUCUUGCAUUUUGAACUGCAUGACCAAGUACUCCGAGCAGCGCGAACUGCAAAGAUUGCGGAAGCUGCGUGAGCUCGAAAGGCAGCAGGAGGAAGGCGAUGACAACGAGGAAGACCUCGACGACGAUGAAGAGCUGGCCAUCACAGCAGGGAUGUGA